ACGCCCGCGGUCGAGGUCGAGCACGUCUGGAAGGUCUACGACGCCAUCGCCCCCCAGUGGCACGGCACGCGCUACAAGGCCUGGCCGAGGGUCGCCGCCUUCUGCGAGGCGCGGUGCGGGCUGGGGUCCUUGGUCGCGGACGUGGGCUGCGGCAACGGCAAGAACGCGCCCGCUUUGACGGCCAACGGCGCGCACGUCGUCGCCUGUGACAUCUCGCUGGCCCUCGUCGAGAUCGCGAAACGCGAGCACGCCGGGCGGCGCUACGACGCGGCCGUCGGCGACUGCACGCGCGUGCCGCUGCGGUCGGGCUGCUGCGACGUCGCCGUCAACAUCGCGGUCAUGCACCACCUGUCGACGGACGCGCGGCGCCACCGCGCCGUCGCCGAGACGCUGCGUGUCUUGCGACCGGGCGGCACCGCGCUCUUCUACGCCUGGGCGCGCGAGCAGCGCGAGUUCGAGGCG